CCAAUGCAGACCUGGAGAGGAGGAGUCUCGCAGGCUUGAAGCGAGUCUGAUCCCUCCUCUGUUUCUGUCAGUGCCCCCGCUCCUCUCGUCCAUACCCCUAUCCCGUAGGAUACUCCACACUGCUUGCACUCCUAUACCGCGUAGAAGAGGCAAGCACGGUUAACGAUGGAGACAGAAGGCAGUCAGAGUGGUUUAUCUUCCUCGGAUUCCCCUCACGACCCAUGCAAAAUGUUCAUCGGUGGCCUUAGCUGGCAAACGACACAAGAGGGUCUGAAGGAGUACUUCUGCAAGUACGGCGAGGUGAAAGAGUGUAUGGUCAUGCGGGAUCCAGUUACAAAGAGGUCGAGAGGUUUUGGGUUUGUCACGUUUCUUGAUCAAGCUGGCGUGGACCAAGUUUUGGCCGUAACCAGACACGAGUUGGACUCAAAAACAAUUGACCCAAAAGUUGCGUUCCCACGCAGAGCUCAGCCCAAGUUAGUGACUCGGACCAAGAAGAUCUUUGUGGGAGGCCUGUCUGUAAACACUACCAUUGAAGAUGUCAAGCAAUAUUUUGACCAGUUUGGAAAGGUCGAUGACGCCAUGCUCAUGUUCGACAAAACCACCAACAGGCACAGAGGUUUCGGCUUUGUCACGUUCGAGAAUGAAGACGUGGUGGAGAAAGUCUGUGAGAUCCACUUCCAUGAGAUCAACAACAAAAUGGUGGAGUGCAAGAAGGCACAGCCCAAGGAAGUGAUGACACCUACAGGUUCAUCCAGAGGUCGCGCACGGGUCAUGCCAUACGGAAUGGAUGCCUUCAUGCUAGGAAUCGGCAUGCUAGGUUACCCAGGGUUCCAGACGGCCACCUACACCAGCCGAAGCUAUGCUGGCCUCACCCCCGGCUAUGCCUAUCAGUUCCCUGAGUACCACUUAGAGAGGACCCCCCUCCUGACUUCACCCCACCCCCCUGAACUCACAGCCAUCCCGCUGACAUACAAUCCUAUGGCAGCGGCAGCAGCUGCAGCAGCAGUGGUUAGAGGCUCGACCCCUUCUCGUUCAGCUGGGUUCUUGAGCACUAGCAGUCCCGGGCCGAUGGCAGAUCUGUAUGGAGCCAACCAGGAGUCAGCGGUCAGUAACUACAUCAGCGCAGCCAGCCCAGCGCCCAGCACCGGGUUCGGCCACAGUCUGGGGGGUCCUCUGAUUGCUGCAGCCUUCACUAAUGGCUACCACUAAGAAAAAGCUGUUAGCUGAGCAGGCAGAAGGCUUCAGCGCUGCUUUGAGCCAGAGCACUUUGUCUCUACUGGAGGUUUCAACACUCAGGCUCCCCGGGGCCUGAUGUGGCCAAAUCUUUUCCUGCUGAAAAAAGGUCAGAGGUCAGCUGUUCAUCUUUUUAUUUCCUGUCUCUCGCACACUCUCUCAACGACGGGACAUCUGGAGAAGUCAUUUUCACUGUCUUGUCUCCCGUUCACAUUUUUAAAGUGAUUUGAAAGUAUCUAACUGUAGUUCUUGCUUUUUUUUUUGGUUCUGGCGCUGCUGUACUCUCUCAUGCCCACUGAAGUAAAGUGCAUGGCUUAUUCACAGAUAUUGUUAGAUGGAGCUGAGGUGUGUAUCCGAUUGUGUACAUGCAGCUAACGUGACCAUAGUUAUGUUUUGCUCAGAGGACGAGAGUACAGGUUUACAUGUUUCUCUGUCAUUACUUGUUUGUUUGUUUGUUUGUUUGUUUUCUUUUAGUUUCCUUUAGUUGUGAAACUUUAGAAUGGGAGCAAUAAUCUUUGAAUGUGCUGUUAUCUCGCUGGUUUUGAACCUUGUAACUUUAAACUCUGAACAUUUUGGAUGUAAUUUUUUUUCCAAGUGGAAGACGAGCUGAAAUGUCAAAAAAAAAAUGUAUAUUUUGGUAGCUUUUGCAUACUAAUGAUUAUAGUGAUAAUCAAGAAAAUAUUUUUCAUAGUCAGGUUUUUAACCGAGAGUUUCGGUUGUUUUUAAUAAAACACUGUAUAUACUUGUUCUGUCUUUUUCUGAAUUUUCCACUUCAAAUUUGAUGGUGUUGUUAUGCUGUAUGGGGAACUGUGACGGGGAUGUAACCGUGUCUCUGUAAAUGAAAACCAGUCAUGCCAGUCUAGAGGUGAGACACUGUCAUACUAACAUCAGCCAUUCGCUGGAUAUGCUGUAAGUCCCAGCCAUUGCUGAAUUCAUGUAAAGUAUGUGUACAUCUAAGUUACCUUAACACUGCUAAUCUGAACAACUUUUUUACACUAAUCUUUUUCUGUUAGAAUGAGCACAUCCUUUCACAGUACAGACAAGGAGCAGUACAGCAAGGACACACACACACACACACAGCCCAGAUCAGGAAACUCAUACGCAUUAAGUGAAGUCAUACAUUGAGAUCUUCCAGGAGUUUCCCCACACAUAUCACUCAUCUUAGCAUCCGAUGCAUUCACCCGGAGUGCAGGGGUGCAGUUGCUUCAGUCUACUCUAAAUACACAAUGCUUCCACUGUCAAACCUGGCUUUUGGAUGAUGUUUAUCAUUUUGUGAAUCUAUAGGUAGUGUUGCCUCUUCUUCUUUCUCUCCUCCCUUUUCCUGCUUCAUCAUUGUGCUCAUUAAGUUUGUCUAAACCAUGUUUUGUUUCAUGAAAACGCUUCAAGGUCAAAUGAAGGAUGCUGUUACAAGUAGAAACAUGUGUAACAUGCACAGCUCUCCUUGAGCUGAUUGCUCUUUUGGGUUUUUUUUUUUGUUAAUAUUUUUUUUUGAGAAGCGGUGUGUGCUUGUAUCAUGUGUGUGUGUGUGUGUGUGAGCGUCAUGGGACAGUCAGGGUCUAAUCUGUUACAAGAGGAUAAUCAGUGCUAACUGUGAAUUUGGCUCUUGUUGCAACUGCCACUCUCUCUGGGGCUUUUAGGCACAGCUUUGUCUUGCACACAGAAGGGUACAUGAGAUGCUCUGACAGAAGGGUAGUUGUUUUAGAGGGAAAGGGAGAAAAUAAAUUGAGUUGACUCUUGUAUCUUGGGAGUCAAAAAUCAAGAAAAGAAUAAGGUAAUAUCACAAUCAGGCUUGCUCAGUAUCAGCCUUUUGUCAGGCUUGUCCUCUGCCUCCCUCUGCUGGCCAAUUUGAAACACUGCCAGGCCAGUGCUAAACAUUCUGUCUGUGUACUGAAUACAGUGCACUGGGGCAUAGAUCAGGUGUUGUCAAGGCUCUUUUCUGCAUGGAAAAUCUUCGAUCUAUCCCUCUCUCGAGCACACCUUAGGAGUCUUAUGAUUAACUAGGUCAGGUGUAUUCAGUUAAUCAAGAUUCCCACUGCUUAGUUCAGUCAGAUAGGCAGAGCAGGAAAAGAUGGAAAAUACUCAGAGCCUAAACCUCUGGAAUGUGUCACAAGCUCAUGGGGAGGACGAGACAGGGUCCAUGAUCUUUGUCAUCUCUGAUUCUGAAAUCAUCUUGGUAGUUUUAUUUUCUUGUGGUUUUGACUCCCUUGUGAUCUUCACGUUGGAUUUUAACUUGUGAAAGUGUGGGUAUGCUGCACCAACCAGAGCCAUGAAAGAUCACUGUGAAAAGAGGUGAUCCCCGUUAGUGCUAUCAACUGCUUUUUUGUCGUUAUUCUGUGCAUAAUAUGUCAUUUUUUGUCAUUUUAUUUUUCCUUUCACACAUAUACACACUGUCUCUUUAAACACGUAAAACUCCUAAUAAAUUAUUUUCAAACAUUCCAA